UCUCUACAUAUAUAUAUAUGACAGAUAAUGAUAUUGUUAUAUUUCCAUAAUAUCGAUGUUAUUGCUACUUUUACGAUGCUACAGAAAUCUGUCAUUUCAUUUGUUUUCUCCAUCUAGCUCUUUAGAUGAUAUAGGAAGGGAAACAAAGUUCACCAGAAAAUAUGUUUCAAAUAUUAUUUUGAUCUUCACUUAUUAAAUCCUUAUUUAAACCACUUCGGUUUAAAUAAGGAUUUUUUCACCUUCCCUGGCCUAACAGCAGGAUACAUAUUCAGUUUAUAUUGUAUUCGCAAAUAUAAACGAUCUGCCCCUCUAUCAGAACAAAUUCUGCAUGUAUUGCAUGCAUUUAACGGAUUGCUCAGUUACUGCAAAAUAUGGUUACUAAUGUCACUAAUUAUGACUGAAUACACUGGACAUCGUCAACUUCUGUCAUCAUGGUGGUUAUUUGUGCUGAAGCAAUUGGCUCCUCAGAUAACCUUGUUAUUCAAAUGUAAUUAGUGAGCAGAAAGUUGAUUUUCUCUUUUAAAAAUGGCGAUUUAAUUAGCAAUAAAAAUAGUCACUGUCAUCAGGUAUGACCUCAGCUUAAUGUCUGUGGUUAAGACGUAACACGUUCUAAGUUUUCCAUGAUCAGCAAGUGGUGUUAUGUAUAGUCUAUUUUGGAUUAUUCAACAGUAACUAAAUUAAAAAGACAUGUGAAUCCAGCAGAGGCUGAAUGAUCAGUGUCCUCCCAUGAAAUGAAGGAGAGCAGAUGAUGAAUCUGUGGGUGGUGUCACACAUUUAGUGUGAGUUAUAAAUCAGCAGAGACCCACUGUGCACACUGUUGUUCAGUCACUGGUUGGAUCACUGCUGUCUCAUUGUCCAGCCCUUUUUGUGAUAUAAGGUAAAAAUUAUCCUUUAAAGCAAUAGAAUAUUUGUUUAUCUUCCUCGAGAGAAAUUAUUAAUCUUACCUUAGCAAAGGAGGGAUUACCAGCUGAAAAGAUGGAGCAAUGAAGAGAAAGCCACGAUGCUAAGACAAAUUGUGGUCAAACCCCGGAGACAAGCUUUUUGGGGGGCCGGUUACCCAUUUCAUCCUCACUCUUCCUCUUGCCUUUCUAUGAAGGAGGAAGUUUUUUUAGAAGCUGCAGAAUAUGGCAAUAUCCCUGAAGUGAGGCGGAUGUUGGAAGAGCUGCCAGAGCUCAAUGUUAACUGUGUCAACUACAUGGGACAGAAUGCACUGCAGCUGGCUGUUGCCAAUGAGCAUCUAGAACUUACCAGACUUCUUCUAAAGAAGAAAGACCUCGCCAGAAUAGGAGAUGCUUUGCUGUUAGCCAUCAGUAAAGGUUACAUUCGCAUAGUAGAGGCCAUACUGAACCACGAGGCUUUUGCAGACAGUCAAAGGCUGACUAACAGCCCCAGCCAGGCAGAGAUGCAUGAUGACUUUUUCUCCUAUGAUGAGGAUGGGACACGGUUCUCUCAUGACAUCACUCCCAUCAUUCUGGCUUGCCAGUGCCAAGAGUAUGAAAUAGUGCAUAUACUUCUUCUUAAGGGAGCCAGGAUAGAACGACCCCAUGACUACUACUGUCAGUGCAAGACCUGUAGUGAGCAGCGGAGGCAUGACUCUUUCAGCCAUUCACAGUCCCGCAUCAAUGCAUAUAAAGGUCUAGCCAGCCCGGCAUAUCUCUGUCUCUCCAGUGAAGAUCCUGUGAUGGCAGCGCUGGAACUGAGCAAUGAGCUUGCAGUUCUGGCCAACACUGAGAAAGAGUUCAAGAAUGAAUAUAAGAACCUGUCCAUGCAGUGUAAAGACUUUGUGGUGGGGCUCCUGGAUUUGUGUCGAAACACAGAGGAAGUGGAGGCUAUUUUAAAUGGGGACAAAGAAUCAUAUCGUAGCUCAGACACCACGAACAGACAAAACCUGAUUAGGUUAAAACUUGCGAUAAAAUAUGAGGUUAAGAAGUUUGUGGCACAUCCAAACUGCCAACAGCAACUCCUUUCCAUCUGGUAUGAAAACCUAUCUCGACUCCACCAGCAAACAACAGCAGUUAAGAUUCUUCUUGUUCUCGGUGUAGCUCUUGGGUUGCCUAUACUGGCUUUUAUUUACUGGAUAGCACCAUCAAGUAAGUUUGGGAAACUUAUGGGCGGCCCUUUCCUGAAGUUUGUGGCGCAUGCAGCUUCCUUCAUGAUAUUUCUUUGCCUACUGGUCCUGAAUGCAGCAGACCGCUUUGAGGGAACUUCACUGCUGCCCAACAUGACCAUCCAUGAUUACCCUUCACAGCUUUUUCGUAUGAAGACCACGCCCUUCACCUGGAUGGAAAUUCUCAUCAUAUCUUGGGUCAUAGGGAAGAUCUGGGAAGAAUGUAACAACAUUUGGUCCCAGGACAUCCGGGAGUACAUAUCAGAACCCUGGAACCUUCUAGACUUUAGCAUCCUCACCAUUUUUAUGACGUCUUUCACUGCCAGAUUAAUGGCUUUUUGGCAUGCAUAUUCAGCCCAGUGUUAUAUUGACAAGCACCAUACUAGCCUGUCCAACAUGACGUUGCCCUUUGAAAUACAGUAUUUCCAGCUUGCUCGAAUCCACUGGAUGCCCUCAGACCCGCAGCUUAUUUCCGAAGGCCUUUACGCAAUUGCCGUUGUGCUUAGUUUCUCCCGCAUUGCGUACAUCCUGCCCGCCAACGAGCGCUUCGGGCCUUUGCAGAUCUCUCUGGGAAGGACGGUGAAAGACAUAUUUAAAUUCAUGGUGGUGUUCGUAACAGUGUUUGUGGCUUUCAUGGUAGGAAUGUUCAAUCUGUACUCAUACUACCUUGGAGCCAAACACAACGAUGCCUUUACAACGCUUGAAGAGAGUUUUAAAACAUUAUUUUGGGCCAUCUUUGGGCUGUCAGAAGUGAAAUCAGUGGUGAUUGACAUCAACCAUAAGUUCAUUGAGAAUGUAGGCUACGUUCUGUACGGGGUGUACAACAUCAUCAUGGUGGUCGUCUUGCUGAAUAUGCUCAUUGCUAUGUUUAACAGCUCUUUCCAAGAAAUUGAGGAUGAUGCAGAUGUCGAGUGGAAAUUUGCAAGAGCUAAACUCUGGUUCUCUUACUUUGACCAUAGUGGCACACUGCCUGUGCCCUUCAAUCUUGUGCCCUGCCCAAAAUCAGUAUCUUGUCUAUUGCUGAGUAUAAAGGAUUUCAUCUGGAAUGUACCUCCCGGCAGACACACAAAAAAAUCACGCAAUGAGAUGGAGCUUAACAAUUUAAGACGACAGGACGAUCUGGCUGGGGAAACAUCUCUUUGUCCAACCCGUCAUCAAAAAAUAAUGAAUUGUCUCAUUAAAAGAUACAUCUUAAAAGCACAGAGGGAUAAAGAUAACAAUGAAGUGAAUGAAGGUGAACUGAAAGAGAUCAAACAUGACAUCUCCAGUCUUCGCUUUGAGCUCCUGGAAAGGGAGAAGCACGAUAAGAAGACACUAACAGAGCUCAUGAGGCAGCUGGAAGAAGUAAUGCAUGCGAAGCAGAAAGAAGAGCAGAAGCAUACACUGGAUAUGGUUUCUUAAAAACAAUAAAGAUUAGAAAUGUAUUUACUGGACACACUCCAUCGUUCUCAUUAAUGAGGGAUUCAGUCAAGGCCAAAUGUUUCUGUGACACAGACUUAACACACAACUUUCAGACACAACUUAGCUGAUAAAACUACAUAUUUUGUAUUCAUUAUAAAAAAAAAAAAUUCCUCCAUUUUCUCCAUUGUGUAAACUUAUUAAUUUGUUUGUCUUUUGAUUUUUUUCCGUGCCUGUGUCUGAACAGUUUGCUUAUUGCUACAAUAAAGGAACUGUAAUGUAA